AUGUUUAAGGAUUUACUAUAUUUAACAAACGAAAACGAGCUAAAGGCACGCUUCUGUAAUCGCCUCCGUAAUACGUUGCCAUCUAAAAAUAACAAUCUAUAUAUAGCAGCACAGGUGGUGCCAUUCUAUAGAAAAGCAUGUUUACGCUCGCGCAUCGAGCACGCGUUAUCGGACAACUGGCGGCGGCUGACCGCGCCGCGUGCUGGUUCGUUCCAAACCCGUCCACGACACCGCUCAUUUAGUCAAGAGAGGCCUCGACACCGCAGGGGCAGCUCACACUCCUUGGACUUGGACCUCGAACAACCACAAGAUAGACCUUACCAAACUGCUACUAUACACAAGGCCCACUCUCUGACAAAGAUGGCAGCUUUAUCACUCAAAAUAUCCAUCGACGGCGGCAAGGUGGUGAAGACUAUACAGUUUGAUCCGUCCACGACAGUGUACGACGCCUGUCGCAUCAUCAGGGAAAAGAUCCUCGAAGCCAGCAGUGGUGACCCAAAAGAAUACGGCCUAUUUCUCGCGUCAGAGGAAGACAACAAGAAAGGCAUAUGGCUCGAAGCGUCUCGCAGUCUCGACUACUACAUGCUGAGGAAUGGGGAUCUUCUAGAGUAUAACAAGAAAACCAGAAACCUAAGAGUUCGGAUGCUUGACGGUACUGUGAAGACACUCCUCGUAGACGACAGUCAAGUGGUAGCCAACCUGAUGGUGGUGAUAUGCACCAAGAUUGGUAUCACCAACUACGACGAAUAUGGCCUGGUCCGCGAAGAACAGAAAGAGGAGCCGGAUCCUUGCGAGAAGCCCAACUACGGCACCCUUACCCUUAAGCGAAAACAUCAAGAGAAGGAGCGCGACGCCAAGAUGGAACAGCUGCGGAAGAAGCUCAGGACCGACGACGAAGUGAACUGGGUGGAGCCCUCCAAGACCCUCAGAGAGCAAGGUAUCGAUGUGACAGAAACCCUUCUCCUCCGCCGCAAGCUGUUCUUCUCAGACCGCAACGUGGACUCCAGAGACCCUGUACAGCUGAACCUGCUGUACGUGCAAGCCAGAGACGCUAUCCUGGAUGGAAUGCAUCCUGUCACACAGGAUAAAGCUUGCGAGUUCGCUGGUAUACAGUGUCAGAUCCAGUUUGGUGAUCACAGAGAGGACAAGCACACUACUGGAUUCCUUGAUCUCAAAGAAUUCCUUCCAGCAUCGUAUGUGAAGGUCAAAGGUAUUGAGAAGAAGGUCUUCAAAGAGCACAAGAAACACGUGGGGCUCAGCGAGCUCGACGCCAAAGUGCUGUACACCAAGAGCGCCAGGGACCUCAAGACUUACGGAGUAGCAUUCUUCUUGGUCAAGGAGAAAAUGAAAGGCAAGAACAAACUAGUGCCUCGCCUGCUGGGUGUCACCAAGGACUCGGUGUUGCGUUUGGACGAGAAGACCAAAGAGAUCCUGCAGACCUGGCCCCUCACCACUGUGAGGAGGUGGUGCGCCAGUCCCAACACAUUCACCUUGGAUUUUGGUGAUUACAGUGAUCAGUACUACUCGGUACAGACGACAGAAGCUGAACAGAUCCUGCAGGUGAUAGCUGGCUAUAUCGACAUCAUCGUCCGCAAGCAAAGGGCCAAGGAGCAUCUCGGUAUCGAAGGGGACGAGGGCAGCGCUAUGCUGGAAGACUCCGUCUCUCCUUCUAAGGCCAACAUUAUCCAACACGACACGUUCAAGUCCGGCAAAGUGAACACGGAGUCGGUGGCGAAGCCCGCCGUACACAGACCUGGCGCUGAAGGUGCGAAGCCGUUCGCUGUGGGCCACAUGACAGGAGCACAGCAGACCACAGUCUCCGGACAGAUCAUAACCGGACAUACUCCUCCAGCUGCGUCCCAGAUGCAACAAACGAAAGUGACUUCCAUCCUGACGGAGCCACAACGCGCUCUUUUAUCAACCAUCACCAGUGGAAGGGAAAUUAUAAAACAGACAGAAGAGAGCCUCAGCAGAGCGUCUCUACCAUCUCUCGGACACGACGCGUCUUCAGUGAAGUGGAAGCAGGUGACCAUGGACACGAACAAGCAGGUCGUGACGUCACAGAUCGCCGCCAUGAACGCCGCCACCGCACAAGUCGUCACCUUAACAUCCGGUCCCACGGAGGAAGUAGACCACACGGCAGUCGGAGCCGCGAUCACUACCAUCACCACCAACCUACCGGAAAUGACGAAAGGAGUUCAAAUGAUUGCCGCGCUGAUGGAGGAUGAUGGGCACGGUGACAAGUUGCUGGACGCAACUAGGAACUUAUGCACCGCGUUCAGUGAUCUGUUGAAGGCAGCUGAGCCGGAAACUAAAGAGCCGCGACAAAACCUUCUCAACGCAGCCUCCCGCGUCGGAGAAGCCUCCACAACAGUCCUCUACACCAUCGGCGAAGAGACAGAAGAAGAUAAGGAAACCCAGGAUAUCCUCCUCUCCCUGGCGAAGGCAGUCGCUAAUACGACAGCAGCUCUCGUCCUUAAAGCAAAGAACGUCGCAGCUCAGUGCAGAGAUGAACAACCUCUGCAGAACGCUAUCAUCGCUGCUGCUACCAACUGUGCUCUGGCUACCAGCCAGCUGGUGGCUUGUGCUAAGGUUGUAGCCCCGACUCUCCACAACCCGGCCUGUCGCGAACAACUGGCGUCAGCAGCUCGCCAAGUGGCGCAGGCAGUUGAACGUCUCGUGGAAGCUUGUAACAACGUACCGGAAAGUGCUGCACCGGGAGUCGAACACCUCACCGCGGCCGCACACAGAGUCACUGAAGAGUUGGAGAGAUUAUUGGCACACUGUGAUCUUGAGCGUCGCGCCGUGGCCACGGUGACGGAGCGCUCGGUGGAGACGGUGAUGAGCGCCAGCGAGCGCGUGGUGGCCGCGGCCGACGCCUCCGACAUGGUGCGCCACGCGCGCCUGCUGGGCCAGGCCACCGCGCAUCUCAUCACCAACAUCAAGACGGAGGCCGAGAAGCAACCUUCGGAGUCCCAACGCAAAUUGUUAGCAGCCGCCAAGCUGUUGGCCGAUGCCACCGCCAGGAUGGUGGAGGCGGCUCGGCAAUGCGCUUCCUCGCCUCAGGACCGCGAGAAGCAGGAGGCGCUGCGCCGCGCGGCCGAGGAGCUGCGCUACAUCACCGUGGACUACGCGCAGGGACAGGACAUCGUGGGCUCGCAGGUCGCGCGCCUGCAGGAGAGUGCUCGUCAGGCGGCUUCGAGCGCCACGCAGCUCAUCGCCUCAGCGCACAACGCCACGCAGUACAACACCAACAAGUACACACAGGAAACUCUUCUAGAAGAAUGCAAAUCCUUGAACGAGCAGAUCCCUCGAGUGGUAGACGCCGUGAACGUAGCCUCAAUCAGGGCCGGAGAAGCCACCGCGCAGCUGGACCUUAUCUCUGCCUCGGAGACCUUCUUACAGCCAAGUGGGCAUGUGAUAGCCGCCUCCCGUGGCGCGUUGCCCACGGUAGUGGACGGGCCCACGGCCAAGCACCUCGCCGACACAACCCAUAUGUUCACUGCUAGCUGUUCCGAGCUAAGAUCAGCGGUAGGUCGCGCCCGUAUCUCUUGCAAAGGCCUCGAACUGGAUGCCGCUGCGGAGAUAAUCAAAUCUCUGCAAGCUGAACUGGAUGAGUUGGAAGAAGCUGCACGAGCUUUUGAUUUCAGGCCGUUGCCGGGACAAACGGAGGAGUGGGCGUUCCAGACGAUGAAGACGGCGUCCCGCUCGGCGGCGUCGGCCACGUCGGCGCUGGCGUCGGGCGCGCGCCUGCGCGACGCGGGGGCCUGCGCGCGCGCAGGGGGCGAGCUGGCCGCGGCGCUGCGGGACUUCAACGCGGGCCUGCGCGCGCACGCCGCCCGCGCCGCUCCGCCCUGUCUGCCCAGACUGAUCGGCUCUGGUCGCCAAGUCCUCUGCUCCUCGCAGACCCUCGUGGAACACGUCAAGAUAUACCUCACCACUUCGGAAUCUAUAGAAUCCACUCCCAUCAUGUCCAUCGCUAAGGAUAUCUCACAGGGUCUGGAACAAACCUUGGAAGCGGUCCCAUCACACAAGGAACUGGACCUCGCCAUGGAGAACAUCAACGAAACCCUCAAUAUUCUCAACAUGGGUGAAUUCCCACCUUCAGAUAAGAGCUAUGGGGAGCUGCAGUCGGAGCUGAACAGCGCGGCCGUGGGGCUGAGCAGCGCCGCGGCGCAGCUGGUGGGCGGCGUGGAGCGGCCGCCGGCGCUGGCGGCCUGCAGCCAGCACUUCGGGGACGCCUUCAACUCGCUGCUCGGCGUCUCCAUGGAGAUGGCCGGACAGACUGAGGAUCGCGAUGCACAGACCCUGAUGGUGAGCUCAAUGAAAAGCGUAACCGUCAAUUCCUCCAAGCUCCUCGGCACUGCCAAGUCGGUCAGCCAGGACUUGACUCGCCCCAACGCUAAGAAUCAGCUGGCGGCUGCAGCUCGCGCUGUCACCGAGAGCAUCAACAGACUUGUGGACGUAUGCACGGAGGCGGCUCCGGGUCAGAAGGAGUGCUCAGCGGCUAUCCGCAGCAUCGAGAGCACACGACCCCUCCUCAACUCACCCACGCAGCCCAUCACCGAGUUGGGCUACUUCGCCUGCCUCGACUGCGUCGUGGACCAGAGCAAGAGUCUCAGCGAGGGCAUGUCGUCGAUGGCGUCGUCGGUGAAACGCAGCGAGGUGGAGCAGUUCAGCCGCGCCGUGGCCACCGUGGCCAGCGCCGUGCAGGGGCUCGUCGAGUGCACCGCGCAGGCUGCGUACCUGGUGGCUGUGUCAGACGAGACUUCAGUAGCAGGUCGACCGGGUCUGGUGGACCAAGCACAGUUUGGUCGCGCUGCUCUUGCUAUCGAGCAGGCCUGUCGUGCUCUUUCAGACUCUUCUAGCAACCAACAGCAGGUGCUGUCGGCGGCGACGGUGAUAGCGAAGCACACGAGCGCGCUGUGCAACGCGUGCCGCGUGGCGUCGGGCCGCACCGCCGAGCCGCAGGCCAAGCGACACUUCGUGCAGGCCGCCAAGGACGUGGCCAACAGCACCGCCGCGCUCGUCAAGGAGAUCAAGGCGCUCGACACCGACUACAGCGAGGCUAAUCGCGCCCGUUGUGCCGCUGCGACUGGACCUCUACAGGACGCCGUCCGCAGUUUGUGCCAAUUCGCUGACAGUCCAGAGUUUGCUUCCAUCCCUGCGAAGAUCUCGCCGCAAGCCAGGCAGAACCAAGAGGCUAUAUUAGACUGUGGAAGGAGCAUAAUCUCUGGCUCGUGUUCGAUGCUGGAGUCAGCGCGUGCACUGGCGCUAGCUCCAGCUGAGCGCGCGCACUGGCAGCUGCUGGCGCAGCACAGCAAGACCGUCUCCGACAGCAUCAAAGCGCUCGUCACCAAUAUCAAAGAGAAAGCUCCAGGCCAACGCGAAUGUGCCAACGGCCUGGAGGCCCUCAACAAACAACUUCGAGAACUGGACCAUGUCGCCAUGCAAGCUGUUGGACAAGAACUGAUGCCGAGAAAGAAUAAUAAUCUUCAAGGCUACACGGAGCAGAUUGAGAACAGCGCUACAGAGAUGCUGGAGCGUCUGGAACCGCUGCGCGUCGCCGCCAACAGCGAGGCGGAGAACCUUGGACAUGCUGUUACACAACUGGUGUCGUACGUGGAGCCUCUAGUGUCAGGCGCCAUCGGCGCAGCGUCCAACAUCACCGAGUCCAACACGCAGGCCAACUUGUUGGAGCACACCCGCACCGUACUGGAGACCGCCGCACAACUGCUGGUGGAAGCCAAGACUGCUGCUGGCAACCCCAGGGCGGUGUCGGUGCACGGGCGCGUGGACGCGCAGGCGGCGGCGAGCCGCGGGGCGCUGGGCGAGCUGGUGGCGCGCGUGCGGGACGUGAGCGCGGCGCGCGGGGCCGUGGGGCCGCUGCUCGACACGCUCGCGCGCUCCAUCGCCCGCCUCACCGAGCACAGAAUGUCGUUAAUAGGGUCAUACGACGAGACAGACUCGUUUGUCGACUAUCAAACUCGUAUGGUCGGCGCUGCGAAGGAGAUAGCAAGACUUUCAACAGAUAUGACUGCAAAGUCAGCGACAGAUGCGAGCCGGCUUGUCCAGUUAGGGAACGAGAUGUGCCAGAAAUACGAACAGCUGGCCCAGGAUAGUGUGGGAGCGUCCGCUACCACGCCCAACGGAGAUGUUGCUAAUAGGAUUCGUGUGGCGGUAGUGGAACUAGGUGAGAGUGUCUCCGAGCUGAUCAAGGCUGGCGGUCACUGUCGCCUCUCUGCCAUCCCUCAGAACCAACGCGCCGUGGCUGACAACGCCAAGAUUGUCAACGAGAAGGUGGUGGCGGUGCUGGGCGCGCUGCAGGCGGGCUCGCGCGGCACGCAGGCCUGCAUCGACGCCGCGGCCACCAUAUCCGCCAUCAUCGGGGACCUCGACACCACCAUACUGUUCGCCAGCGCAGGUACCCUACACUCGGAGAAAGACACAGACACGUUCUCUGACCACCGCGAGAAUAUUCUGAAGACGGCUAAAACCCUGGUGGAAGAUACCAAGACCCUGGUUGGUGGGGCGGCCGGUACCCAGGAGCAGUUGGCUACAGCUGCUCAGAGCGCAGUCUCCACUAUCGUGCAACUGUGCGAGGUGGUGAAGCUGGGCGCGAUGUCGCUGGGCUCGGCCAACCCGGAGCCGCAGGUGCUGCUGCUGCACGCGGCGCGGGACGUGGCGGGCGCGCUGCGGGACCUGGCCGCCGCCACCACGGCCGCCUCCGGCAAGCACGUGGCGCACCCCGACAUGCACCGCCUCAAGCACGCCGCCAAGCGGCUGUCUGACACCACGAAACGAUGGAGCUUGCCGUUUAAAACGAACACCCUGCCCAAAUAUAACCGACGGUCCAUUACGCUACGUGCAGACUAUAACUCGUGCGAUUCAGAAACCGAUAUCUUCCAAUCCGACCAGGAAGACGAACUCGUCAAGCUCCUAGACUAUUCCAGCCAAGAUGAUGACGUCUCCCCGACUAUAUUCCACGAUAAUUGUGAAGAGAUCAUCACUUACAUAGAGAGUUUGUUGACCAGACCGCCAGCUAGAAGUGCUAAAGAUGAUGAUUUAAAUGAACGUUACAAUAAGGCGGCCAGAAAUAGCCUCGUUGAUAUGGAUUGGAGGGUUCUUAAGUAUGGUGAAAAUAUCCUGCUAGGUGAAGUGAAAAAGCUAACAGAUUUGUGUCAUGAUAUUGCUGAUAAGGCAGAAAAGAAAAGAAAAAGAGAUACACUACAAAGAAUUAAAGCAAAUAAUGAUUUGGAUAAUGAAAUGAAACGUCUAUCAGCUGUUAUUGAACAUCUAGAUACAGAAAUAGUUAAUGAUGUUAAAAUUGAAACAGUUCCCAAUAAAAAACCUAAAUUAGACGAUGAUGGGGAACUAAAGAGUCCCGUAUUUAGAUUGAAAAAGAUCAGACCAGUGAAUUUAGAUGUACACACUACGUCACCCGAAGCCAAGGAAGCUGUGAAACAGCUUCUCAGUCCAGAAGAGAAACAAAAAUCUGAGUCCACAGAAAUCACUGUCAAACCCGAUGUUAUAACCACGGAAAUGACAAACGGGACCACGGAAGAGACUAAGAUCACGAAAGUGACAGAUGUUAAUACUAUGACAAGAAAAGUCAGGAUGGAAUUCUGGAAAAUGUUCAAAGACGACACUGAAUGGUGGAAAGGUCUAGCCAAGAGGAACCUGGAUAAAAUGGAAGAAGCUCGAAAGGAAUUAGAAAGAUUCAGUGGCCAUGAAUUAGUACUGGGGGAGUAUCAAACAGAAAGAGAUAAAUAUGAGAAAGAGAAAUUCACAUUAGAAACGUUUAUAGACGAAGUAGACAGGUCUAAAGCAGUCAAUAGAGACUUGGAAUAUAAUAAAAAAUACGAGGAGAUUGUCUUGAAAUUAAUAGAAUUCGCUAAAAAAGAUUUUAUAUACAAAGGCUUUGAUCCACUGAUCGAGAAAUUAAAAGCACUCUCAAACAUUAAAAUCGAUAAAAGAAAGAAAGUAGAAAUACAAGACAUAUUAAACAUAUAUUCACAGAUAGACACAAGCAAAUACACUUACGAAGAGUUGUGUUUAUUAGAAAAAUAUUACAAAGAAAUUAUUAGAAAAUACAAAUCCGAAUCUCGCAAUAAAGAAAUCGUUACAACGGAUAAUAUCAAAGAUAAUAUCAUCAAUAUAACUCACAGCACAAACACAUUUAAUAACAGAAAGUCCCCACAUAAUAUGGAAAUAUUUGACCUUACAAGAACGUACCCCAUGCAGUAUUACGCCAACAACUGGUGGUCUAUAUACGAGGAUGUGUUAAAAAACCGUGAAAAACAAUUCGGCUCCAUAGACAACUGGUGGCACGUCUACGAGACUAUUCUUAAUAAGACGACCACGAAAGAAGAAUUGGAACGUAUCAGAACAGUAAUAGAACACAGAAAUCGCCGACCAAACAGUCGGAUGGAAGAACAGUUGAAAAUGUUGGAGGAAAUAAGGAAUGACCGUUUUCGGGAGACGGAGGCUGUGACCACGAGGGAUGAUGAAUCGCUGAUGGUCACAAACGUGACGUCACUGCUUAAGACUGUCAAGGCUGUUGAGGAUGAGCACACGAGAGGAACCAGAGCCUUGGAAUCUACCAUUGAAGCUAUAUCUCAGGAGAUUGAGGUGCUGAUGUCUCCCACACCACCAAAAUCUUUAGCAACUCCUGAAGAACUGAUACGUUGCACGCGCCAGAUGACUGUUGCUACGGCGCGGGCAGUUGCCGCCGGUAACGCCAACAAGCAAGACCAGCUGACCGCCGCUGCUAACCUUGGACGGAAGACCGUUGUUGACCUUCUUGUAGCUUGCAAGGGUGCAGCUCAUGGAGCUGAGACUUCAGACCUCCAGUCCCGCACGUUAGAGUCAGGUCGUGCGGCAGCUGAAGCUUACCGCGCCCUCCUCAAUGGCGUACUAUCAGCGUGCAAUGGAGACGUGGCCGCGAGACAACACUUCCCUGAACUAUCUAGAAGAGUCGCGCAUGCUGUGGCAGAUAUAAUUGCUACUGCGGAACUGCUGAAAGGUUCCGAUUGGGUAGACCCUGACGAUCCUACGGUGAUAGCUGAGAAUGAACUCCUAGGUGCUGCUGCGUCAAUCGACGCCGCUGCCAAGAAACUCGACUCUCUCAGACCUAGGAAGAGUGUUAAAGUGCAGGAGGCAGAUGAGAGCCUGAACUUCGACGAGAUGAUCCUGGAAGCGGCCAAGUCCAUCAUCACGGCCACUUCGGCGCUGGUACGGGCAGCAUCUGCUGCGCAGAGGGAACUUAUUGACCAGGGUAAAGUAGCUCGCCGUCCUACUUCCUCAUCGGACGACGGUCAAUGGUCCGAGGGUCUGAUCAGCGCGGCCCGCCUCGUGGCCGCUGCGGCACACUCCCUCGUGGAGGCGGCCAACGCGCUCGUGCAGGGCGCUGGCUCCGAGGAGAGGCUCAUCUCCAGCGCUAGGCAAGUCGCUUCGUCUACUGCGCAGCUGCUGGUCGCUUGCAAGGUGAAGGCGGACCCGUCGUCGGAGUCGACCCGGCGGCUGCAGGCGGCGGGCGCGGAGGUGAUCCGCUCGACGGACAACCUGGUGCGGGCCGCGCGCGACGCCAUCCAGACCGAGGAGGAGCGGAGCCUCGUGCUCAACCGCCGCAUGGUGGGCGGCAUCGCGCAGGAGAUCGACGCCAGGUCUGAAGUACUGCGCAUAGAGAAAGAGUUGGAAGAAGCCAGAGGCCGUCUCACAGCUAUCCGCCAAGCUAAAUACAAGAUCCGAGCAGGAGAAACUUCUGGAGAGGAGACGGACACUGAUGUGCAGCUGGGGUACGCGAGUGAUGCUAGCGGACAUCACAGAUUCAAGACACCGAACUCUAGCUUCGCGAACACUACGUACUCUCCAAACAGCACGUACUCGCCCCACAAUACCCACAACACCACCCAGAAUACCACCAUCACGUCGCACAUCAGCCAGCUGAACCAAUCCAUCCAUGGUACACCUGCGCACCCCACACACUCUGUCCAAGCUGGACCACCUAAGAGCCCUAUGUCACCUGGAUACGGGUACAGCACACCAAAGAGCCCCGUCAACAACCAAACGUCUACGUACAACCAGAACCAAUCGACGGCUUACAACCAGUCUUCGAACACGUACAACCGAGACGAGAAGCAGUAUACCGUGCAGUCGCCAACGUUCUCCAGUUUCAGACCUCAGGAAGACCCUAAACAAAACUACGAAGGGUUCACAACUCGACUUUCUACAAAAGACAGAACGAUGAACAAAACUUACGAGACUCGCUUGUACGACACUCCCCGCCCUCUGGACAUAAAGACCGACUCACAACAGUCUCAAUAUGAAUAUAAAUACGAACCACCCAAAACGCCCCUCAGCCCAAAAUUCAACGCAAGAGAACUGAAAUUCGAUGACAAAACGGAACCCAUAUACUCGACGCUGAAGAAACCAUUCGACGGCGUAGGUCAGACUUUCUCAGAACACCAGAAAUCAACCGAAGCAAUCCCGGGGGGUAUAAAACAUUCUGAAUACAAAAUCGUCAACGAAUCUUACUCGUCUUACCCAAAAACAGAAUUCGUUAAAACAGAACUGCGGGAGGAAGUCAAAUCUCCAUUCCAUUCAACGCCAAAAAUCGACCGGUCAACGGAAUUAGUAAAAGCUGUAACCCCAGACUAUGACAGGAUCUCUUCUCCUUACGGUGGUCCGAAUUACAUGGAGGAAACCACUACAGAAGUCAAGGAAAUACCAAAUGGAACCCAAAAAGUUACCACCACAAAGAUUUACAGUUCGUCCCCUGUCAAUUUGACCACCACAAGCACGAAAUACGAACCCAUCAGACUCGAAGGUAUCGAUGAAUUAUCGAAAUCGUUCGAUAACGAUUCGAAAUACAGCACUCUGGACUCUAGGUUCAACACUUUAGAGUCGAAACUGAGUUCUGACACCAGUCGAUCUUUUAUGAGGCCUUCGGAAUUCCAAACAUCAGAUUACCAAAGUUCUACAAGUGUGAGCAAGGUGAAGAAACCUUCAGAUCUGGUCAAGGAAAUUGACAGUAUGGACAAGAAGUUCUCCAAGCAGACCAUCACAUCUGAGACGGUUGAAAGGAAAUCGGUUAUGACCAGUUCUCAUAAGUCAGAGACUAGUUCUACGAUCACCAAGAAAUUUGGCAACUUUUAA